GAGAGGCGGAAUUAUCCAUUCGUUAUUUCGGGACAUAGGAAAAUAUAGACAUCAUGUCGCUUAGCAACGUUUAAUGUAAUCUUUUUAAUCUGACUCAAAUUUCGACAUCAAAUGGAGAAUAAUAAAGAGAAUUCACUACAACAGGUGGAACUAAACCAAAGCAGUGAAGAUUCAAUAUCACCUGAAAUGGAUUUAGAGGCUGCAUUGAAGGAAUGCUCAACCGCCCUCGAUUUGUUUCUGAACAACCGGUUUUCUGAUGCUUUGGCUCUCUUAAAACCCUGGAAGAAUCAGAGCAUGUACCACGCAAUGGGCUACAGCAGCAUCUUGGUGAUGCAGGCAGGCAUGACCUUUGAACCUAACAACAUGGAUGCCGCCAUGACGUCACUGAAAGAAUCACUGCAGACAUGCCAAAGAUUUCGGAAGAAAACUGGAAUAGUGGAGACUUUAACUGGCCUGUGGUUUAGACAACCAGCUGACAACCUGACAGAAGAGGAAAUGCAUGCAGAGCUAUGCUACGCUGAAGUUGUGCUGCAGAAUGCAGCGCUGACAUUCCUGGAUGAGAGUAUAAUCGGCUUCAUCAAGGGAGGGAUGAGAAUCCGAAACAGUUAUCAGAUUUACAAGGUUUGCCAGGCAUUGGCCAGUGUCCCAACAGAUAUGGAAAAGCAGACGAGCACACACAUUCAUUUUAGGGGUGGUGUCAGCAUGGGCAUUGGAUCAUUUAAUCUGAUGGUGUCUCUGCUCCCAGCCAAAGUCCUCAGACUGAUGGAGUUUUUGGGCUUCUCAGGAGACAGGGAACUGGGUUUGUCAGAGUUGAGAAAAGGAGCAGCCUGCAACAGCCUGCGCUCCAUCCUCAGCACCCUGACUCUGCUGAUGUUUCAUCUCUAUAUUACAGUGAUUCUGGGUACUGGUGAAGGAAACCUUACUGAGGCUGAAGCUCUUCUAGAGCCCUACAUUGAAAAGUUCCCCAAUGGAGCGCUCAUUCUUUUCUACACUGCAAGAAUUGCUUUGCUCAAAGGAAACUUCUCAUUUGCCCAGCAGAAGUUUCUGGCAUGUAUCGCCACACAGCAGGAGUGGCGUCAGAUUCACCACCUGUGUUACUGGGAGCUGAUGUGGGCCUACUCCUUUGAACAAAAUUGGACAGAGGCGUAUCGAUACGCUGACUUGCUCUGCAAAGAGAGCAAGUGGUCGCCGGCCACCUAUACAUUCCAGAAAGCAGCCAUCUUGAGCAUGCUACCAGAGGAACAAGUGACCACACUGGGAGAAAAUGUGGUGGAGUUAUUUAGGCAGGUGGAUGGUCUCAGACGGAGGAUUGCUGGGAAGUCGAUUCCAACAGAGAAGUUUGCAUCAAACAAGGCAAAGCGAUACUCUUCUUCUAACCCUGGGAAGCUAUCCGUGCCUGCUUUGGAGAUGAUGUACGUAUGGAAUGGUUUUACAAUAGUUGGCAAAAGACCCGAAUUGACUAAAAGCAUCUUGACCACCUUGGAGGAAGCAGAGGAGCUGCUGAGAAAUGAUCAAAACCCAUCGGAGUAUCACCUGGAUGACCAGUGUGUUGUCCAGCUGUUAAAGGGCCUGUGUUUAAGACAGCUGGGGCAUCUAGCCAAGGCUGAGCUCUGCUUCAAUUUUGUCAUUUCCAGUGAAAAAGAUAUCAAGCAUGACAACUACCUGGUGCCAUUCACAAUGUAUGAGCUGGGCCUGUUGCACAAGCAGAAAGGUGACAUCAACACAGCCAUCACAGUCAUUGAAAAUGUCACGAUGAACUACAAAGGCUACCACAUGGAGUCGAGGCUACACUUCCGCAUCCACGCUGUACUCAACACCAUGGGCUCUUUUUCGGCCAAACCUCCCCCUUCACGUACGCCAGUUUAAGAGACCGUUUGGAAGGAUGCUCGCAAAGGACAAACGACCAAAAACUUGAAAUCUUCUAGAUGUGCAUCUUGCCGCCAGCCCCUUGGUGAUGGUACUGCAAUCAUCCAAACUUACAGUU